AUGGUUUCUCCUCUUGAGCUCAUCUUCAUGACCCAGUGGAUGCUGUUGAUCUCCCACUUGUGUGUUGGCUGGCACUGCUCAGACUCAGAGAUGCCAGACUCACCUAUUACAAAUUUAAAGCUGAAUCAGUGGAAAAUGGAACUGAGUUGGAUAAGCAGCAUGAACUUCACUGAGAACUGGUGUUCAGUGACCACAGAAGAUUUUACUGAGACUAUAAUGGCAGAGAAUAUGAAGUGCAUGUUUGGAAAUAUAGCACCUGCUCUACACAAUGGGGUCAGUUUUUCUGUUACAGCAGUGAACGUGAAUGGCACAUACUCAAGCAUAUGCAGAUAUAUUCCUCAAGGCAUGAAUGGGUCGGCCAUUGAAAAUUUCUCCUGUGUGAUUUAUAAUGUUUCCCUCAUGAACUGCACUUGGCAGGCAGGCAGGGAUGCUCCAGAAGACACCCAAUACUUUCUCUACUGGCAGAACUCAAGACACGAUGGUGAUGCAGUGGAGUGUGAGCUUUACAUGAAAGACGAAACUGGCAGAAACACAGGAUGUAGAUUUCAAAAUGUGAAGAUAGAUACUGAAAGAGCUUACUUCCUGGUGAAUGGAUCUAGCGAAGACUCCCUGAUCCAGUUCUAUGAUGAGUACAUUCAACUGUAUGAAAUUGAAAAGCUCAUGCCUCCAUCAAAUAUCACUGUCAACUGUGAUGAAAUUAAAAACGACUGCAUAAUUCAAUGGCAACGACCCCCCAUAAGUCAUUCUAACAAAGACAAGUGUUUUAAAUACGAAAUCAACAUAAAGUAUAAGGAAGGGGGGAAUAAUCACAUAUUUCAAAGAUCCAAUACAAGAAAGAAAUACCUCUUGAAAAUGAGAACAGCUGGCAGUGCCUGCCUCAUGAACGCAGCCUGGGGAGAGUGGAGUGCACCUCUAGAGUUUGGAAAUGAAGAAAUUAUUUCUUCUUCAGUAUGGAUUUUACUUGUGGUAGCAGUUGUGACCCUCGUAGUGGUAAUCAUUGCAGUUUUGUUCUGCAAAAGGACUGGCUGUUGGACAGCAGCAUUUCUACAAAUCCCAGAGCCAAAAAAUGCAUUUUGUGGACUGCCUGACACAAAUCCAGAGAUAAUGGAGAGCAAAAUUCAGUCAUUAACAUCUGAAAAUGAAGAUAUAAUAUUAGUUGCUGACAUAGUGAAAUAA